AACAUGAGAUACGACGAACAGUGAGAUUAACUAAUUACUGUUCUUGUGUCGAUAAAGAAAACAAAAUCCAAUAAUAACCCACAAGUGUUAUAUUAUAAUCGGUUUAAUUAUAUUUGGGCCGCACGGUUUAAAAAAUAGAACAUAACCCAUUAUCAUUUACGCCACCGUGUAAUUUGUUAACAUUGUGUUGUGUUGUGCACGUGUGAGACUGUCAGCCGAAUGUUAACAAUGUCUUAGUGAUCUGUUGCAAUAUUGACCUUUAUUAUAAUAUUUGUGUAAGUAGCAAGGUUUAUAAAAAAUGGCAGAAUUUGUUGAACAGCGCAUCGAAGAGACCAUCCCCGAAAUAGAAGAGAUGGAAAGGAUUGGUCUUUUGGGUGCCAAGGAAGUUAAGAAGUUGAUACAGAAGAGGAGGGAUUUCCAUUAUCGCCUUGCCCGAAGAUCAAAGAAUAAAAUUGAUUUCAUGAACUACGUUGAUUUUGAACAAAAACUCAUUGAAUUGAUUAGAAUCAGAAGAAAGCAAAUUGGGAUACGUGAGAAACGCCAGCAAAUUGAAAAUGCUAUAGGUCUUCGGGUUAUGAAACAGCUGCGGUACAUGUCACGUAUUUGGCCUUCACACCUCGAUACUUGGCGACUUAGAAUUAGUUUUGCUCAGUUUAUUGGCUGGAAACAUGAGAUUGGUGUUGCCUUCACAGAGCAAAUUAAUUAUCAUGGUAAUCAGGAAAGUGUCUGGGUUGCUUGGACCAAGUGGGAAGUAGAAGAAAGACACAAUUUUGAUAAAGCAAGGACGAUCCUUCUUUCUAAAGCUACUCUCUAUCACCCAAACUCAGUCCUGAUUAAAAGAGAGUUAUUUCGACUAGAGCUGUUGUAUGUUGAAUCACUGAAGAAUAAGAUGAAGAAUGACAACAUUGCUGGCUUGGAGGAAAUUGUGGCAGAGAACCGUGAAAAGGUAUUGAAUUGUGCAGUUGCCAGGGCAGUAUACCAAGAUGCUGUCAGCAAACUCCCAAAUCCAGAACUGUAUGUGCAACUCUACCAAGUAGCAGAUAAGUUUGACUUUGCACACCCACUGCGGGAUGAAAUAUACAGAGAUCUUUCUAUUAAGUUCCCUGAUGCUGCUUGUGUUUGGAAACUGAAGGCACAGAGGCUGACACUGGGUUUGAUAGUAGUGAAACAUGAAGAAAAUAUUAAUUCACUAAAAGAAGGAGUUGGUGAAGACAGUGAUGGCAAAGAAGGUGUGGACGUGAAAGAAGAAGAGACAGAUAGUGGCCAAGAAAGUGAUUCUGAAAAUGAGAAUGAGGAAAUAGAAGGUGAAGAAAACAAUGAAGCCAGUUUAGAAAGUGGGGAUAAUGAGAAAGAUAAUAAAAAUAGUGAAGAAGCAGAAGGUGAAGAUAUUAAAGUGAAAGUUUUACUAGAAGAACAGGUUAUCAAGAAAGAGGAAGAUAUAGUAGAAAGUAAAGCUACAGAUGUUGUCUCUAACCCACCAACAGAGAUGGGGUCAAUGAAAAAGUUGGAGUGCGUCAUCUCUACCUUUGAUGAAGCUGCAAGAGUAAUUGGGAAAAGCUUUGUGAAGACCUACAUUAGUGAGUUACUGCCUCUACUGUACCAGUGUUGGGGUUUGGAAGCCAUGACUGACCUGAUUUUCAAGAAGCUGUUGAUGUUGAUGGAGGCACACACAGCUUCAUUAUCUCCACUGUGUUUUUUUGUUUGGUAUAAGGUGUUGUGUGAGCAGUCAUGGCCCACCAGUGAGAUGCAGACUGUUCUGGAGGAGGCUGUAACAUGUCACCCAGAGGCAGCAUAUUUGCAGUUGGAACUUGUGCGGCUUAUUAUGAGAGAGGAAACUGAUGAAGCACGACUUUUGAAAGAAUUUGGCAAAGUGCUUACUUCCAUGAAGGGAGACUGUGGUCUCCAGGCAUUGUUGGAAAUAACCAUCCAUGUGACAAAUGACACCCUGAGGACCAAGAUGUUUAUCCAGGCAGCUGAUCAUGAAGAUGCUACAAUGGCACGAGGAAUGAGGAUCCAGCAUCUGAAACAGACUGGCCUCCAGAAAGGUAUUAAGGGAACUCGCAAGUUGUACAACAAGUUAAGUUGGAAACCACCAUUUGCUGCCAAACUACAUGCCCAGAUGGUGGAGCUGGAGUUGUCACAAGUUGAAGUUGAUGCUGAAAAAGUCAGGCUGGUCUUCAACAAUGCAAUUCAGCAACAUGGAACUAUCCACCCAGGUUUGUGGUUGGCUUAUAUCCAGUUUGAAAAGUACCAGGGUGAUCCUUUGAAGACAGGAGGACUCUUCACUAGAGCUGAGAGAGAACUAGAACCCAAACAUGCUCAAAUAUUUAGGGAACUCAAUAUGACUAUAAGAGACCUACUUGAAAAGAAUGAACCAUCCUCUCCUGAUCAUCAGAGCAAAACUGUUCUGGUCGAGAACGUAGAACAAAAUUUGGAAGAAGAUGAUGAUGCAGCUGUCUGUAAGCCUGCCCUUGUGUCUCUGUUUAAAGAAGAACUGAUGCUCUCACACACUGCCAAUAAAGAGCGCAGGCAGUUUUUCUUAAAUAUUAACACCAUGGAGAAGCAACUGGAUAAAGGUAAGGGUGAUGCUCCAAAGGAAGAUGGAAGUGACUGGGAGCCUGUAUUACAAGCUUUAAUUGGUCAUAAAAUAAUACUAUCUGUCCAACAAGUAAAAGUCAAAGAGGCACCUCCAAAGAAGAAUAAAGGUUCUACAGAUAAGAUGAUUGCCCCGAGGUUUAAGAAACAGUACCAGCCAACUGAUCAGUUAAGAACAGAAGAGGAUAAAAAUGUGAAGAUAGAAAGUGAGGAUGGUAUACAGAAGAUCCUCAAGACGUCUACAGUGUUGAAGCCGGAGUUCAUGCAACAGACCCACCUGACUCCAUAUAUUAUUGGCAAGAAAAAAGCCAAGAACCUACGCAGGAAAGAGCUUGAGAAGACAAAGGGUCCUGGCUGGUAUGACAUGAAGGCUCCGGAGUUGACAGAGGAAGUCAAACGGGACCUGGAAGUGCUACAGAUGCGCUCGGUUCUUGAUCCUAAAAAACAUUACAAAAACAGAGAUAUGAAGGUGCUGCCUAAGUAUUUCCAGCUUGGACGUGUGUUGGAUAAUCCAGUUGAGUUCUACUCUUCCCGUGUUCCAAAGAAGGAUAGGAAACGAUCCCUAGCUGAAGAAAUUAUUCACGACGAAGAAGCUCUGCGGUACCAAAAGCGUAAAUACAACGAAAUAAUAGCGUCUAAACAGAAGACCGUGUUCAGGCAUCACUCACGCAAGAAGAAGAACAGCAGCAAAAAGGGGGAGAGAAAGAGCUAAGUCUGUUCCAUACUUUAGCUUAAAAGAGUUUUUAUGUGUUUGUAUUGUAUUUUAAGAUUUAAAGUUAUAUGAAAAAC